AUGACAUGGCAAAAUUAUGUGAUACCAGUAAUGGGCAGCUUUAUCAUUUUGGGGUCUUGUUUUCUGCUUGGAUAUUAUCAGUUUUCGUUUGGAUGGAUUUUGAUUCUUGUUACUUUGAAUGGUUUAAAAUCAUAUAUGUGGCGACAACGCGAGAAACGACUGCUGGGUUUGAGACAAGCCGCUCUAAGAGAACGAGAGGUUAUAUUAGCACAGCUUCAGGAUCUUCCAGCUUGGGUUCAAUUUCCGGAUACUGAACGAGUGGAAUGGCUUAACAAAGUUAUAUUGCAACUUUGGCCCUACAUUACGGAAUAUUCCAAGUAUUUUAUGCGUGAAUAUAUCGAACCUGAGGUUAAAUCGCAGUUGCCAGCUAUCUUCAAGUCAUUCAAAUUCACGAAAAUGGAUAUGGGUGAUAUUCCGUGUCGUGUCGGUGGCAUUAAGGUGUAUACACAUAAUGUUGGUCGAGACCGUAUUAUUGUUGAUAUGGAUAUCGCUUAUGCUGGAGACGCUGACUUUGAUGUUAGUGUUGCUGGUUUUACUGGUGGUCUAAAUCAACUUCAGUUUUCUGGAAAGUUAAGAGCUAUCUUGAAGCCAUUACUACCAUAUCCGCCAAUGGUUGGCGGAAUUUCCGGGUUCUUUUUGGAAAAACCGAAAAUCGAUUUUAAUCUAACCGGCAUGGGUGAAUUUGUGGAAUUGCCUGGUUUGUUAAAUGCAGUUCGUGCAAUAAUCGAUUCUCAGGUUUCGGCUUUAUGUGUGCUUCCGAAUGAAAUAGUUGUUCCAUUGGCUCCAAAUUUCGAUAUUACGAAGUUGCAUUUGCCAGAGCCUGAUGGUGUACUUCGUUUGAAAAUUGUGGAAGCUAGGAAUCUGGAAAAUAGAGAUAUAAAAUUCACAAAGAGUAUGGCAAGUGAUCCGUAUUGCCAAAUACAUGUUGGUUCCCAGUUCUAUAGAACCAAAACGAUUGAUAAUAAUUUGAAUCCAGUUUGGAAUGAAUAUUUUGAAUUUGUUGUUGAUCAAGCUAAUGGACAGAAGUUACGUAUAGAAUUAUUUGAUUAUGAUAAAGCGAGUAGUGAUGAGGAAUUAGGGACAUUGACGAUCGAUCUAAUUAAUGUCAAAGAAAAAAAAAGUCUCGAUGACUGGUUCCCAUUAGAUGCAUGCAAGCAUGGCGAUAUACAUAUCCAGGCUGCUUGGAUGAAUUUAUCAUGUUCGCCUGCAGACUUUACUUAUCAGGAAUUUGGAAGCUAUUGGUUCAAUACUGAUAAACCAGUACAUUCAGCAUUGCUUAUGAUCUUUAUUGACAGUGUAUCUGAUUUGCCGUAUCCAAAAGCAAAAUUGGAACCGUCGCCGUAUAUUAUGGUAAGUGUUGGAAAAGAUUUCCAACAAACGCCGACGAAAAUAAGAACUGUUAAUCCAUUAUUCCAGAUCAAGAUUCUGUUUUUUGUUCGUCAUCCCGAAAGGCAAGAAGUGAAAUUUGAGGCUAUCGAUCAUACAACAAAACGUUCUCUGGGUGAAUUCGUUUUGCCGCUGAAGACAAUUUUGCUAGAACCGAAUUUGGAAUUAUUUGAACAAACCUUCCCAUUAACACAAGGAGUUCAUCAGAGUCCAAUGGUCAUCACAGCGCGCAUCAGGGCUUUGGUUACCGAUCAACAAAAAAGGAAUUCUGUUUCUGGUGGUAAUGGAAAAGCAAUUUAUGGUAAUGAAGUGUUCAUUGAAAGAGCUGGAAAAUUAGUAGCAGCUGAUAAAAGUAAUGAGCGAAGUAGAAAUUUCGCAGAAUAUGAGGUGAAAUCGAAUGAUGCAUUGAAUGAGGGUAAAACAUCAAUUUUGGAUUCGAAAUUAUCAAUGAACGAAAAGAUGAAAACAAGAAGAAACAGUAGUGAUUCAGCUACAAGUGCAUAUAGACGUCGUCGUACUUUUGGUGAAAAACUGUUUCUAACAAAACAUACGCAAAGCAAAGGAAAGCCCACUGGUGAAAGUGGUCGCUUGCAGUUUGGUCUUCAACAUCUGAAAGAAACAAACAAGCUGAUAGUUCGGGUCAUACGUAUAAUAGACUUGUAUCCACUUGACAGUCAAGGUUCUGCAGAUCCGUACCUAACUGUACGUCUAACACCUUCCGACAAUAUGUAUGGCGGUGAGAAACGAAAAACAGCAAUUGUUAAGAAAUCUCUUGAUCCGGUUUUCGAUAAUGAAUUCGAAUUUGAUCUGCACUUUAGCGAUAUCGAGAAUCACAUGCUUAUCUUCACUGUAAAGGACGCUAUCAAUUAUGGGCCUUUUAGCAAACCUCCAGUUCUUGGGAUGGUACAAAUAAAAUUGGAUAGUCUGAAAAUAACGGAAGAAUUCUCGAGUUUCUGGUAUGAUCUCAAAUGUAGUUGA